AUGGCUGUGAGGUUGUUGUCAAAAGUUAAGCUCUUACCAGAGCUGAGAGGAGUAGCAUAUCUCAGUUCAGCCGCAGCACCUGCUCAAUUAUCCGAUUUCGAUCUUCAGCACAAAACCCCAGUUAUACGAAAGCAAAAACUUAUUCCUGUAGCUCAAUACGGAGGUCGACAUGCCGUUACCAUGCUACCUGGUGGAGGAAUUGGCCCCGAGUGCAUGGGUUACGUCAGAGAUAUCUUCAAAUAUAUUGGAGCCCCGGUAGACUUUGAAGUUGUAGACAUUGACCCCAAUGUGGACAAUGAUGAUGAUGUACAAUAUGCUAUCACCACUAUCAAGAGAAAUGGGGUUGGGCUUAAGGGCAACAUUGAAACUAAAAGCGAGGCCGCCUACGUGACGUCACGUAACGUAGCCCUCCGUAACGAAUUGGAUAUGUAUGCAUACGUACUCAACUGCAAGUCAUACCCUGGUGUUAUAACAAGACAUAAGGAUAUUGAUAUUGUUAUUAUUCGGCAAAACACAGAAGGCGAAUACGCCAUGUUAGAACAUGAGUCAGUGCAAGGUGUCAUUGAGUCCAUGAAAGUGGUCACAGCGAGUAACUCUGAGAGGGUUGCCAGGUUCGCGUUUGAGUUCGCCAAGAGGAAUGGUAGAAAGAAGGUAACGACAGUCCAUAAAGCUAACAUAAUGAAGUUAUCCGACGGUCUUUUCCUAGAGACGUCCCGUCGCAUGGCGGAGGAAUACCCUGAAAUAGAACACAACGAUAUGAUCAUUGACAACUGCUGUAUGCAGCUUGUGGCAAGACCACACCAGUUUGACGUGAUGCUAAUGACCAAUCUGUACGGAUCGAUUGUGUCCAACGUAGUGUGUGGCCUAUUGGGAGGUGCCGGCUUGCUCUCAGGAAGGAAUUAUGGAGACCAUUAUGCUGUGUUUGAGCCCGGUACCAGGAAUACGGGCACAGCCAUAGCCGGCAAGAAUGUAGCGAACCCCAUAGCGAUGAUCAACGCUUCGGUUGACAUGUUGGAACAUCUCGGUCACCAUUUCCAUGCUGAUCUCCUCAGACGUGCAAUCAACAAGACUGUGAAUGUUGACAGGGUCCUGACAACCGAUGUGGGUGGAACAGCCUCCUCGACGGAUGUGGUGAACAGCAUCAUGGAAAAUAUUGUGCCGGUUGCUAAGGAGAAAAAUGUCCUCGUUGUA